AUGGCAUCGGUCAAGUAUUUUGCUUCCCAGCCCUCUUUCCCAGAUGACUUAGAGCCCAUAGCCCAGAUAGCAACGAUUGCUCUCGCCAAGCUGGUCGCAGGCGACACGGGAGAGGCCGAGACGGUACUUCAUGCUUGUCGCACACUGGGAUUCUUUCUGUUGGACUUGACAGGUGAUCCGGUCGGAGAAAAGAUGAUCGUCGAGGCUGAUGCUGUGUUGGAUAUUGUGCGCCGGACGAUGGAGUUGAGCCUGGAUGAGAAGAAUAAGUUCGCUCAAGACCGUCCUAAUGAUUUUCGAGAACAAGGAAUGAUGAAAACCGAAACCGGGGCCCCGGAUCGUUGUGAGUUCUACAAUGUCUCGCAGGAUGACCUCCUCGGCCAAAGCAGCGCGCCACGAACCAACCCAGACUCCAUUUCUGCGCAUGCCCAGCUCCUGCGCUCGUACCUCGAGCAUGGUCAGUUUGCACUAACGCACAUCCUCCGAGCACUGGAGACCCAGCUCGAACUGCUGCCCGAUACACUCCGGGACCUGCAGGCGCCAAACCGCGCUUCAGGGACCAUUCUGCGCCUGAUUCGAUAUGCGCCCAGCCUCACCUCAGCAGAUAUGCGGACUAGUCUGCUCCCAUACACCGAUUUCGGCAGCGUUACCUUGUCGGCGAACGUGCUGGGGAACCUGCAAGUGCUACUACCGAGGACGAGAACUCCUGGCAGCGUACUGAGAUCGAAUAUGCACCGCAUCAAUUAUGCUCCGGGCGACCAGCGCUACACGGAUCGUUAUUCCGUCGCCAUGGCCGUGAGGCCGUUCAUGGAGGCUUCCAUGGGUCGCCUACAAGGCGGCCGCAUCCCCACGGCGGAAGAUGACCGAUGCGAGGGCAUCGAGAUAGCAAUCGACAACGCCAACACCAUUGGCAGCUUGACUGCGCAGGAGUGGGAGCUCAAGAAGGCCAUGAGUCUCAGGGAUGGACGUGAUUGCGCCGGCGGCAGGCAAUUAAAGCCAAAGCCAGUGGCAGCUUGA